AUCAUCAUCAUCAUAAAAAAAAUACAUCCUCGAAUCAUUCGCCAUUCAUCAAGUGUUUGACUUUUCGAGGCGAAAAUUGCUCUCGUGCGCGUGUGGAUAUGUAUACUCAGAAUCGCGAUCGCGAAUGUCGCCGAAUUCGACGUCUGCUUGGGGACUGCGCGAUUCAGUAUCGCGCGAGACACGCUGCGAUCCGAUUUGAUCAAUCCCGUUAAAUAUCGCGUUGUCGUCGUUGUCGUCGUCGCGAUCGCGGUUGUCGUUUUCUGCCCAAUAAUCGUUAAAUUUUGCGUGACUCGCGGCGGUGAGGAUCACGGUCAUUUCCAAGUGCAUUCCGGAUGGUGUGCAGCAGCAGACUGCAGUCAUCCAGUCCCAAAGCGUUUUAGAAUUAAUUGGGGGAUGACUGUUCUUCGCUUGGGUGAGACUGUUAUUUAUAACCGUGGCUGCUAUCAAAAGUGAAUGACAACAAAGUGGAAACAUUGCCGAUCGGAGGAGCAGAAUACGACCAGCUGUUUGGUUCUGAAAUGUUAAUUAUGUUGAGCGAAUGAAAUUCGCGCGGGAUGAUGAUCCGAAGCUAGAUUGCACCGGACUGCUGUUGGUGUUGAUGGUCGCCAUUAAGAGUGGUUAUGAUCGCACGGUGUGAUUUAAGCGAUUUAAGUGAGUGAGAAGAUGAAAUGAUGCUUGGUGGUAUCAAGAUGAUCGACUCAUCCGGAAGAAAAUUUGAUGUGAUUUACGACACAAGAAAAGAGGGAGUUCAUUGAUGCCGUUUAAGUGCACUGUAUGAGUCAGUAAGAGGAAUCUUUCCAAAAUAAGUUGGCUGAAAUGCCUGUGGAAGUUGAUCACUGCAUUCCAAUAACGCCUUCAUGGUAAUCCGCGUGACAAACAAUAAAUUAAAUCGCUGUCUUCUAUACGAGUUUGUUUCUAUUUCUACACUCAGUUGGUGCCAAUAAAGAUCGCCAUCUCGGUGGUCCAUAUCUAAAUGUAAAUAUCGAAAAUGUAAUGCCAAUAAUGCAAUGGUGUGGUGAAUGUGAUUAGUGUGUUUCAACGUAAUUAAUUGCAUUUGGAUAAUGCCCGAUAUUUUCGUACGCCAAUGGCAUUCAGGUGAUCAAAAGUUGUGCACACGCGAAGAAAACUUGCGGAUGCUUCGUACAUAACAAAUCUUCUUAUGAACAGCUGUAUUAGAAUCCAAAUCGAGUGAGAACAAGGCCAAAGCUAGGGAAUACACAUUAGCGAGUUCGAUGAAUUUCGGUGGUGGUAGGUGAACGUGGUAGCCUUCGUGGUAGCAGCACCCGCCAGAGGCAGGACCUCACGAAGCAGUCGGCCAAAUUUCCUUCUGUCGGUGCCAAAACGUCAUGACCGGAUGCGAGGUAAAGCGUGAGAUGGACCAUCAGUCGGCCCGCACCCGCCACACUACUAGUCCCAGCACAACAGCAGCCACGACUGCGCCGCCGACUGUGUUGUUGUAAGUGAUGCGAGCGGAGGCCCACUAUGCUCAUCUCGCCCGUCUCUGUUUCAGGAGUUACGAUGCACGGGCUGAGUCUGUCAGCCGGCUCAACCCUGGAGGCACUUACGUUGGCAACGAUUAUUCUCAUCUUAGCGAUCGCCAUCAUCGUAGCCAAUCUCAUUGUAGUAGCAACAUAUCUUAACUUUAAGGGCCCUCACGAGGUCAUCAACUAUUACCUGCUAUCGCUGGGCGUUGCCGAUCUACUAUGCGGUCUGCUAAUCGUACCGCUGUACGUUUACCCCACAUUCUACGGCGACUGGGUGUACGGAGACGUGCUAUGUCGGAUAGUCGGCUACCUGGAGGUGACCCUGUGGUCCAUCUCGGUGUACACCUUCAUGUGGAUCUCGGUCGAUCGAUACCUGGCAGUUAGGAAACCGCUGCGUUAUGAAACGAUCCAAACCAAAACCAGAUGCCAAUGCUGGAUGGCGUUCACGUGGAUUUCGGCCGCGAUGCUAUGCUGUCCACCGCUGCUUGGCUACAACGAAGCCCGCUACCAGAAAGAUACCCACAUCUGUAUGCUCGAGUGGGGCAACAUGGCCGCCUAUAGUGCAACGCUGGCAAUCCUGGUCCUGGGGCCGAGUGUAAUCUCGAUCGUCUACAACUAUGGCUACAUAUUUACGAUGAUGCGUAAGGUGCGAUCGGGAGCACCGAUCCAUGAUAAGGAGUACGCCACGGCACUGGCCGAGAAUCUGGCCAAUCCGAGCCACUGUAUGUCAUUUGCAUUGGUGUUUUCUUUCUGGAUCUCGUGGGGUCCGUACAUCGGGCUGCGGAUCUACGAGCUGGUGAUGCAGGAAUCGUACGACCAUCCGAUGAUCCAGUUCGGCGCGGUCUGGCUGGGGAUUCUGAACUCGUUCUGGAAGAUCAUCAUCAUGACCAGCAUGUCGCAGCAGUUCCGGCUGUUGGUGCGGUUACUGUUCCUGACCAUCUGCUGCAAAACCAAGGGCCGACUGCAAGCCGAACUGAUCGGGCUGGAUCCGGACGACUAGGAAGCCCGACGAAGCCACAUACUUGCAAUACGUCAUUCCGUCUCUCUUAGAGGAGAAUCGAGCGAAACUCAUCCACUUCUAGUACCCGAACAUCUUCCGCUGGGAUGAAGACGAAUAACAAAUCCGAUAGAAUUAUACUAAUUAGAAGGCUAUAGCGAGUGGGCGGCAGAAGUUUCAAUUAAUAUUGUUGUAAUUUUAAUACAUAAACAGAAACCCACAAAAUUCUGUACUACUAAACUCUUAUCUAUCUAAGGCUACUUGCGUAGGAUAAGCGAUUAGACGUGUAAAAGAUCUUAUCAUGAGGCGGCGCAUUUUAAACGCUGUAGUAAAUCUCAGAACAAUCAUUCUCCUUAGUGGACAAAACAACUCUGUGCAAACAGAAAGAGAAGAACAAUAUCGUUAAUACAAAUAAGUAAAAACAAAAUCACAGCAAUUAGAAGGAAAAGUCUAGUGUUCGACCGACACAAAUGCGUAGUGCUGCCGCAAGCGCUACCGCGAAAGACACACAGAAACAAAACGCGUGUUCGGAAUCGUAUUAUUAUACAACUCACUUUCAGGGCUUAAACAACAGACACAGAAUAAUAAUACAAGAAAAACCAGAUGCUUAAACGAUAAUACACAUUCAAUGAAGCAAAAACAACUGCAUUGCAACAGUUAGUAGAUCGAAGCCUGUAUGUAACAGACAAACUUCAGCAACAACGUAGAGCUAUUUUCUAGAUUUUAAAAAGAGUGAGAUUAUCGAGAAGCAACAAAAAAAACAAACGAUCAUUUAGUAACAACAACCACAGUUGAGUGAACCGCAGAUGAAACUGAAAAUCCACUAAAGAAAAACCAACGACGCUUUUAGCAGAAAGGUAUGCGCGCACUUGUUACCGGUUUAUGUUGAGCAAACAUGAUGCGCGAUGCGUUACCAUGGGCGUUGAUGAUAGAAUCCCGAGUUAUACGUAGCACAAAUGAACGAAGUUUAUAAGAGUUGAUUCUUCACAGGUCAAUACUAUUGGCACGAUGUUACACAACUUUUUUUUUAUACUUGAGUUGAGAUCCAAUAACCGCCACAUAAAUGAACAAAUAGAUCAAAGCUGUUCUCUACAAAUAAUAACAAUAAUUAGGACCUUGCUCGAAAUACGAUAUAUUAUUUGUGGCGAAAGUUGACCCAAGACAGCACUCAUUUUACUCCGCUUGUUCUAGAUAAUUACAAACUAUUCAGUAGAUGAGGUUAUCAACUUAAACAAAAAGAAAACAUCUUAUGAGCAAAUUAUUUGGAAAUAUGAUAGCUAUAAUCACAUUCAAGAUCAAUUGCAUUAGUUGUCAAUUCAAUGAUUUAUAUUUACAAAAAAUGUCUUUUGACUUUUCUCCAUAUCGCACGAGAAAAACUGAUGAGCACCAUACUCCCUUCGAACAUAUCAUUAUUUUGAUGUAUUUUUACAUUUUAUUGGAUAUAUGCAAUAACAUGCGAUAUAAAAAUUGUGCUCAUAUCACCCGUUGGUCAAAUUGUCCGGUUAGGCCUACCGAUAAAUUGGUACAUUAGCGUCUAAUCUCCUAUAAGAUGAGCGCUUGAUUGGCUUAAGAUGUUGAUUACACUAGAUACAGUUAAACUAAUCACAACUAGUUUUCAAAAUCCCAUCUGUUACUGACAUUGUCCGUGUAGUCGGCAUGAAAACCGAAUAAAUGCCUUUUUUGAUUGUGCUGUCAUGGCAUCAAGUGCCAGAAAUGCGAAGGAAAAUCAGUGCUGUUUAGGGUUUAUUUUGCCUACUACUGUUAUUAUUUUUCCAAGCACAAAAGCAUAUUUAGGUUAAAAUAAAUAUUAGCGCAAUAAACUAUUAUCAGCAAUUUUCGAAAAUAUGAUGGUGAAUAUAUAACAAAGCCAAGAAUCGAACAUUCAGAGCUCCAAUAUGAAGUAGAGGCAACUACUCCAUCACCUUGAUUCUACAAACUUGUAAUUGUGAAAAUUCAUGGCUUAGGCUAUCCCUAUUUUUGCAAAAAAAAAAAUGGGAAUAUAAAAAUUUCAGUAUCUUGAAAUGAUUGUUUUAGCUAAAACACAAUUAUGUUAAAAUUCCGUAUCUCAAAACUGCUACUUUUUGUUAAAAGAAAUGCCUGACUCUUAAAAAUCGAUAAAUUCGAUCCAUCGAUCAGAAUUUUGACAUUUGUUUUCAUGUUAUUUGGCAAAAUAGGGUUGAUUCUCUUUGAGAUCUGAAAAAAUAGUCAAAAUGCUCAUUUUCGGUAGUUUUUUUUAGUAACUCGCAAUUCUGAUCCCGCUUUCAUUGAUUUGAUUUAAAACGGGUAUUUUUUCGUUGGAAAAAAUGACGUUUUUCUACUUCUUGCAAUUUAUGAAAAUCUCCGGCCCCUUGGGGUAUCACUUACCCUUGAGAUACAAACUUUUGAAGUUUUAGCCUUUUCAAUUCACGAGGAAAAAAAUAGGAAUGGCCUGGAUGGCUUCGUUAUAUGUUCAUCUCAAUUCUCAUAAAAUUAUUUCUCAUUGUGAAGGAUAUAUACAAAGUUUCCCAAUAUCAGUGAUAAUAAUGUAUUUCAAAGAGAACAACAAAUAACCAAUUCCAGAGCCAAAAUACGCUCUCAUGUUCCACAAUAGGGUGCCUGUAACAAUUAUGGCACUACCUUAGGAAUACUUUUUGUACAAAAAUAACGAGAAGACCAAUGAAUGUCAUCGAUAUGUUAAAAGAUAGCUUAGUUUCCAUACUUUACAGGAAAAAUAUAGAAACGGAGCCACUACUUUUAGUAUACCGCAUUUAGUUCACCACUGGACUGCGAACUGAGUCUUUGUAAGUGCGAAAACGUAAAUAAAACUGCGCGAUUGCAUCAAAUCAAAUUGAUGUCUUCGGCGCACUAUUUCUUUGAUGUAUGCUAAAUAAGUGCUCUGAAGACACCAAGUUGAUUGGAUGCAAUCCCGCACUUUUAUUUGCGUUUUCGCACUCGUGAAAACUAGUGCGAUAGUCCAGUGGUGAACUAAACUAUAUUUAUUUAAACUACUUUUAGUAGACAUUUGUUAACUUCGUUUCCUUUUUUCACUAUUUGCAUGCAUUCGUUAUGGGAUUAGCCAUAACUGGUGCACUAUGGCGAAAAAGAGUGCAAUGAAGCCGAGAUUUUAAGGAAAAUGAUUUAUUUCUACCAUAAUUUGAGCAAAAUGUGGAGUUAAAAUGAAUGCAUCCGUCUUUUGUGAACGAGAUUUGGUGUUCACAAUUUUUUUCUUGUUAAUUUACAUCGGUCAAGGGUGAAAAUUGACUAUGGCGAAUAAUUGGAACUCUCUCUCUCUCUCUCUUCUUGGCGUAACGUCCUCAUUGGGACAAAGCCUGCUUCUCAGCUUAGUGUUCUAUGAGCACUUCCACAGUUAUUGACUGAGAGCUUCCUCUGCCAAUGACCAUUUUGCAUGUGUAUCUCGUGUGGCAGGCACGAAGAUACUCUAUGCCCAAGGAAGUCAAGGAAAUUUCCUUUACGAAAAGAUCCUGGAUCGACCGGGAAUCGAACCCAUCACCCUCAGCAUGGUCAUGCUGAAUACCCGUGCAUUUACCGCCUCGGCUAUAUGGGCCCUAAUUGGUACUAUAGCCAUAAUUGGAACGCUUAUCCUAUUCAGAUAUCGUUCCAAUACAAGUAUUUCACUCGCUAUCCCGAACGCUAGCAAUGCACAGUGGCAAAAGAAUGUCAACUUCCUAAUAUUGAGUGAGAGCAUAGUGCGUCACGCCACCGUACUCGCUUCAGAUUGAACAAAAAAAAACCCAGAUUAAUCCACCUAGUGGUGAUAGUGCCUUUCUCGUCGAACAUGUACUCAUGAUCUUUCCUUGGUUGGGAUAUAUAGUCGUAUACGACUGGGAUAAUUUUGCUUCACAAUGUUGGCUUCAGCCUUUUGGGGGAAUCGGAAACACUAGUUUAUGAUUUUUUCCGACGUUUCAGUCCGUAUGGGGACUUUUCAAGGGUUCAAUCGGUCAAGGUUUCCUAGUCAAGAUGGCCUUGAUUAACUUUAAAAUAUCACACGGAAGUUUUAGUAUUUAUUGAGUCCGUUCGGUUUGAAACCGUCGUGAUGCGGACAAUCUCCUACCUAUCGGGCGGUCUAGAAUUCGGUCCCUGUUUUUGGAAUCUUCGAAUAUUGCUUUGUUUAGCUAGUUUCUGUGCAUGGGCCAUCAUUCCGAAGCAUGCUAUUUCCGUCGACGUAAUGCGAACUGUUCCUGAAUCCUGAGAAUACCUUAUUUAGAAAAGCAAUAAUUUUAAUAAAAUUGGGAAACUUAAUAAUUGAACAUAUUCCGACGUAACGUUAAACGUAAGACAGAGCUGAAAAAUAUCAGAGUUUUCAGUUGACUGCUUGAGCACCUUCACUAUCACAGAAGACCGAUCAACAUCAAGACGAUUAUUACAAGCUCGGAUAUAACGUCUUUUACAAUCACAGAUGACUUUACGGUCUUCGACAUAGUUUUUUCUUCACACUUUAGGCUAUAUUUUAUUAUCAUAGGUUUCAAAAUUCAUGUAAAAUUUGACAAAAAAUGCAAGCAAGUGAAAUUGCCCAUCUAAAUCCCAUAAAAAAAUCCCAGUAGUUUUAGACGCAAAAGAGGAUUGAAAAAGCUUUGAUGCGAUAAUUUUCAUUUUCUCAUAUAACGUUGACCUAUCCUACUCUAUAUUUUUACACCUCAGUGAUUUGAUGAGAUCCCUUUGGUACAGAAAAAAAGACAUAUCAUUUGUAACAUAUUGCUAUUAUAUUCAUCGUUACAAAAAAAAUAAUCGCCAAAUGCUAAUCAGGUUGCGUUUCACAAGCCGCUGCUGGCUUGAUGUUGGUAGUGAGUAGACCCCAGUUAACAUUUUGGUCUACAUAAAUUGCGUUUUACAUCACCAUAUGAGAACCAAUUUGCUCGUAUAAGAUGCAUGAAACUGCUAUAUACGUACCAAAGUGGAGGCCAUAUAGACACUCCUGACGACUAUUUUCGACUUUUGAUGACCGGUAUAACGAUGUCCAAAAAUAUUUACGAAAAGAAAAAAAAAGUUUCAACCAAGUCUCGAACACGAGACCUCGAGAUCCAUAUUCCGACACUAUACCACUGUGCCAACCACUCACUCUUGGAAAUGAUUCGAAUUUUUGCCAAUGUUAUUCCAAAAUAUGUUUAUGACCCAAACAAAAUUGGAGUACCAAAUUUUACAAGUAUUUGCGAUCAUUUUCGAACCUUAUUCAACACGAUAUGUGAUCUGUCAGUUGAUGAGAAUUCCUCUUGGCCGUCGUUCUCGCUUUUACAAUAAACAAACACGCUAGCAAACGCGUUCGGUGCGAAAUUCACGUCACGUCGCGAAAUAGUUCCGAUUGCACAGUAUUUUAUCCGUAAAAUUGACACACGCGCAUCCAUCAUUGGAUUCCGACCAAGGCCAUCGCACCUAGAUCACAUCAAGAGCGAUCCCACCGGGUGGAUUCGUCGGAGGCCGUUGCCGAAGAAACACUUGCAUUUUUAAGGUUUACAGUGAGAUUUCUUGUGAUGCCCAGUGAUUAUGUGUGGUGGGAAUAUUUUGAGUUCGAAGCAGUUUUGGAAUUACCCCAGCCGGUUCAGAAACUUGGCUACCGGAAUCCACAACAGUUUAAUUGAACCGCAUUGUGGUGAGAAGGAAUUUGAUUCGGUGAGAACACCUGAAAUCGUUUCCGGACGGAAAGGAUACGAAUACGAAAGGUGUCUUUGCAGCAGCAACACUGGUUUUUCGGAAAAUGGAAAUCGAUCAGAGUCAGGCGGCUUCGAAUGCGUGCUGUGGAUGUAAGUUUUUAUUGUGUUUUUAUCAUCUGAACAUGAAAAAUAAUGUUCCCCCUGAUUUUAUGAGUGUCAAAUUUAAUUGCCAUUCGAUUAUCGUCUUCCACGAUUUGGUUUGUUUACAAUCCAGAAAGUCAUUAUUGAAUCGCAUCAGCGAUUAAUAUCCAAGUUGUUUUAUCGCUCGUACAGCAUGAUUUCGCAUAUUGUGCGAUCCUGACAUAAAACAAAUAAAGAUACGAUUUUGCGUACACAUUGUUAUACGAUAUGUGGUUAACUGGGACGUCAAACGAGCAAAAACGAUUAAUAUUUGAUUCAAUCGUUGAAAACAAGGACAAUGGAGAGCAGUCCUGCAAAAUAUCAGUGUCAGGGUGAAAACACUCAAAUACAGAAAAUUGAAUGAAAAUUUAGCCCGGUCAGCUCUCGCUUUCAGCACGCUGCAUGUGAGUGUGAGUACCUAUUUCAUUUCGCUCCCGUGUUGCUGAUCGGAAAGCAACAUUGACAGGAAAAACAAAACGAAGAAAAUGAAAAAAGCAAAAUAUCGCUAUCAUAAAGGCCUGUCGAAAAUUUGCAGCACUGCUACUCACUCUCCCAUGGAGAGUGAGUAGAGUGAGACGUCUGUAUGUAUGUGGCCUUAGUUCAGUCAAGAUUUUGUUCUCUUACACAUAUUUAUCGCUUGCAUUGACUUUGUUCAUUUUUGUAGUUCCUGCGAAGCACCCUAGGAAGCACCCAAUGCUGGUUUUGCAUCACUAUCGGUAGCCUCUAAUGUGGUCUGAGCCUAUUUUCUUGCUAAUCGUUCCUCAUAUUUUACAAAAGACCGCGGUUUGAUGUGUCGCAUGCUUCCGGCUGGACACCCUAGAUCGGUCCCGGAACACUUUAUAAAGAUCUUCGUUGUGGUCUGAAUCUAUUGUCUGGCUAAUCGUUUAUCACGUUAUUCAAAAAGUCGCUGUUUAAUGUGCCGCAGGUAUGGGUUUUGAUCUCUACUACAUUUGACUACUUCCAGCGGGACACCCGGAACCGGUUCCGGAACUCUAUCGGUUGUUCCAAAUAUGAUCUGAAACUAUUUUCUUUUAUUAACCGUUUAUCAGGUUGCCUGAAGAGCUUGCGAUUUGAUGCGUCGCAUGUAAGGUUUUGAUUAACUUUUGUACUUGGCUACUUCAGGCGUGACAUCUGGAACCGGUUCUGCAACACUACCAGUUCCUAUAUGGUCUGAGAAUGUUUUCCUGCCUACUGUUUAUCAGGUUAUCGAAAAAUCCGCUGUUUGAUGUGUCGCAUGUAUGGGUUUGGUUCACUUUCAUAUUUGACCACUUCCGGCGGAACACCCAGAACCGGUUCCAGAAUACUACCGGUUCAAAUAUGGUCUGAGAAUGUUUUCCUGCCUACUGUUUAUCAGGUUAUCGAAAAAUCCGCUGUUUGAUGUGUCGCAUGUAUGGGUUUGGUUCACUUUCAUAUUUGGCCACUUCCGGCGGGUCACCCGGAACCGGUUUCGGAACACUACCGGUUCAGAUAUGGUCCGAGACUAUUUUCCUGUUUACCGUUCAUCAUGUUUUCAAAAGUGCCGCGGUUUGAUGUGUCGCAUGAUUGGGUCAGGGUGGCCACCCAGUCGGGAAUUUCGGGAAAACCGGGAAAAGCUCGGGAAUUCGAAACCACCGGGAAAAAGUCGGGAAAACCUCGGGAAUUGUUGCUAGUCACCGGGAAUUUCCAAAAUUCAAAAAUUUGUACAGUCUUUAGAAGCAUAAGUACGAGAAUCUGUGGGAAAUGCAGUCAACAACUGUUGAACUUAAUAACAUAGUGGGUGAACUGGCGUAAAAACGAUUCUUGGAAAUUAAUAUCUUGUCGCCGAGUCAUGACAAUUGAAGUUAAUCAUAGUGAUGUUACCUAACAUCACAAUUUGAACAAUUUUAAAGAUAUUCUAAAGAACAUUCUGGUGGAAAGACUGGUUGAGACACAUUUAAAUAUUUAUAGAUUCAUAUUAUGCAUUUCAGGAUGUACAUGUUUCUGAAAACAUCAAGCGUCCAAUAAAAGUUUUAUAAAACAUAACAAAAAUUAUAACUUCUUUAUAAAAAAAUAUCCCUGUACAAUCUCUAGGAGAAUAUUUGAUAUAGCCUUUGUCCUUUGAGCGAAUAGUCUGAGAAAUUUGGAUAGGAUGCUGUUAAAGUUUUGAAUCAAUGAAUGAAUUGCCCCAAGAAUAAAUUAAAAUUAAAAAUUAUGAAACUGUGGAUGAUUAAUUCUGGUGAAAACAUUUUUACCAUUUAAAAAUAGUUCGUGAAAAACAAUUAAAAUAAUAUUUGAAGGGAUUUUUAGUAUCUGAUGGAAUUUGUCAAAGCACGCCUAUUGUAGCUCAUAAAAGUAUUUCUAAUAUUUUUUUUUUUUUUUUUUUUUUGUUGGGAUUUGAACCACUGCGACCAUUACUUUGAUCUAUUGUGGUAUACCCCUGUUUAGUUUCGCAUUUGUUCAGGACGACGAGUCACCAUUGAGGGUUGACGUCGUUUGCUGCUAUUUUGUUUGAAAGAUUUCUGUUGUUUUUCAUAAGUUCUUGGAUGUACUCAUUUAUUGAUCUUGUGAAUAACAAUGUUCGGAGAAAACUGGAGUAAGGUAUUGGGAAAAUCCCUUUUUGGCGAAGCUUUAGCAGAAGUUCCUGAAAACUCUAGUUCAAAAUUCUCGAGAAUUUUGAGUAUUCGUAGUUUCUAGUUAAACUACCAAUUGAAAUUCUCGCAGGAGUUCCAGUGAGUAUUCAAAAGCAUCUGGAGCAAUAUAGUUGUAUGAUUUACGGAAAUAAAUAAUUCCCAAAUAAUGAAUCUGCCUCUACAUUUUGGGGGAAAUACUUUCUCAAAAACUUAUCUUUCAGGAAUUCCUGGAGAUAUUCCUGACAUAUCUGAAAAUGUGAUCAGAAAUUAAAUCUCUGAGAGCUUCAUAUUGCAAUCGCUGAUAAAAUAACUGAAUGCUAGACGAGUAUCGGACAAAAUGUAAGAUUUUUUUGAUCUCUCAAAUUUCUCCUAGAAUUUACGAUUCCAGCCUAAGUAACCUGCCUGACUUUCUGCAGUAGCCAUUUACGGUAUCAUAAAGUUCGCCACUGGUUUUCUAUGAAAAUAUCUUGAAAAUGACCAUCAAAAAUACUACACUGAAGAUUUCCCAAGAAAUUGUUUCCAAAAUUCUUUCACGAGUAAUCUUUCCAGAUAUUCCACCAAAAUUUCAUCCAGAAUAUUUUUUUUUUUCUGGGCAUUUGAUUAUUGCAUAUUAGUUUCCCAAACAAACUUACCAAGAAUUUUUUCAGAAGAGUUUUAGAAUAUUUCUAAUAAAUCCACUAAUAAGAAGUUCGUAAAUCCUAUAAUCAUACUGAGAAUUUCGACCCCCUCAGGAUUAUCUUUUUUAUUUUUAUUUGCUUAAACAACUGCAUAAUUUGUACUAGUUGAUCAUUUAUGAACUUAAGGAAUGUUUAAUGAAGAUGUCGUAAUUUCAAUGCCCAUCGUUGGAUACGGGACAAACAACACAUAACUUAUUUUCAAGUUCAUAUGUAUACUAUGUUAAAUCCAAGGAUUUGAAAAUAUUCAAUAUUAAUUCCCUUAAUUUUUUCUAAGUUACGUUUAAUUUUCACUGUAAAUCAUUCUAUUUUAGAAUCGGGAAAAAUUUCAAAAACCUAUUUGGAAAACCGGGAAAAACUCGGGAAUUUUAUUUUCCGCUCUGAGUGGCCACCCUGUUGGGUUUGUAUCGUUUUCAUAUCUGGCCCCUUCCUGGGGUACCGAUCCGGAACACCUAAAUGGCCAUAACUCCGGAACGGCUGGACCGAUUCGAACCAUUUUCAAUAGGAAACAAUGGGACCAGAUUCCGCGUCGAAUGAACCGUUGGUCAUUAAAAUCGGUUGAGGUUUACUGCCAAAAAGUGAUGUGAGUUUUUUUUUUGUACACACACAUACACACACACAUACAUACACACGCACACAUACAUACACACACACAGACAUCACCUCAAUUCGUCGAGCUGAGUUGAUUGGUAUAUGUGACUCGACCCUCCGAGCCUUCUAUCAAAAAGUCAUUUUUGGAGUGAACAUAUAGCCUUUCCAGUACACUUAGUGUACGAGAAAGGCAAAACGCAAUAACUGAAUGAGUGUUUCCCAUGUUUGGUUCAGAAUAGAGUUUCCUGACUGUUAAGAUUAAGCCCACUCAUGGGCUCCAUCAAGCGUUUCAACGUAAAGUAGAGCCCAUCGCACCGGUCGCUGAUAGGUACUGCUCGCGAAUGAAAAGUAUACGUACGAUACUUAACAGAGCAUGAGAUUGUUAGAUACGCUAACAGCGACUCUAAACAUUUACUCAGUAGGGAAAAUGGAAGAAAGUCCAGAAUACUGAUCAAACACUUAUGCAGUGAUCGAUCUAUGGUCAGUUAUUGUAAGUGUUCAAAAGAGGUUUUUUUUCUACGUCCGAUAGCCAAUAUUUGGUUAUGUGUAAUCAAAUAAAAGUUGUAGCCAUUUGCAAAGAAUUUCAAAAAUAUUUUUUAUGUGAUUUAUCUUAAUUAUCAAAUAAGUCGCCAUACUGCAGUCAUGACCAGGUUUUGAAGGUGUAAAACGCUUAAUUCCUGGGAAGUUUUCAAAUUAACUACUAGAGAUAAUCAAAGUUUAGAAUUCCUCCGGGAAGCUUUUCUGAAAUAUUUUGAAACACUGUAUGACAAGCAACAAAAGAAAAGUUUUCAUGAUUUCCUCGUAAAGGUCUUGAAUUUCACAUAAAAAGCUCUCAGGAAUAAACUUACCUAAACCAUCAGAAAUGAGUUCAUGAAUUGCAUUCGAAUCAAAACUCUCGAUACCAAACUUCGGAGCAGCGUUUCAAAAUAUAUCGUGAAGUUAUAGAGGAGGCAACUACAUUAUUAUUGUAUUUUACACAAAUGCCUAGAAUUUUUUUAAAAGUUUGCUUACAUUUCGGGACUAAAUACAAUAACACUUUCUUAAGAAAAUGCUAUCUUCAGGUGAACUAAAACUGUUAAACUUUUUCGAGGAAACAAUUUCUUCGGCUUUCAAUCUUUUCUUACAGUUUUCAUUAUAUACGUUGAUUGAUUACGACUGUUCUUGGUGUAUUCUUUGGAGAAUUUAUUGGUUUCUCAGUCCGAUUGUAAGAUCAAAAACAAAAACAAAAAAAGUAAAAGGUAACAAAAAAAAAAGUAAAACGUAAGGUGUUUUUGAUCUCACAAUCGGACUGAAAAGCCAAGAAAUUCUUUAAAGAAUUUCAUUAUAUAACAAAACCCUCUCCUUUCAAAAUAAUAGCAGAAUAAUAUUUGCUAUGACACUACAGAAACAAACAAAAUAUCACAAUGCACGAAAGUCAAAUAACCAAUGGAUGGUACGGAUGGAAUAGGGAUCACCGCAACGGCAACCGAACAUUAUUUUAUCCCCAUAGAAACGUACGAUCGGUUCAAAAAUGAGUGGCUAACGGAAUAAAAACACGUUAUAUACGUGCUGUUGCGUGUGUAGUAUGGGGCCCACGAGUGGGUUUAGUCUUAGUAUAAGUUCGGAUUCAUGGAUAAAACUCUCUUCUUGUAGACUCGUGAAUCCGGACCGACUAAAGUGAUUAUGGUACUCUACAUACAUGGACGAUGUUGUCAUUGCUAUAGGGCAGAACAAGUCGUUAAAAACUAUGUGUCCAAUAAGGAAGAUGAUAUGACGGAUGUUGAGGCAAUCAGGUGCUUCUUAGGUAUGAGAUGAGGAGAAACGAGAUUAACAGAGAGGCGCUACCUGGAAAACGGUCUGGGGAGAUUCAUGACUGUAAACCAUGCUGAACCUCCAAUGAAACUCGCUUGAAGUUAUUGAUGUAAGUUAGUGAGCAGAAUCGGAUAACGCAGUCGUUUAACGAUACUUCGCUACGUGAAAGGAUUCCUCGAUUGGUCCUGGACUGGUCUUUAACAAGACAGCUACUGCAUUUAGGGUGUUUGGAUGCACUGCACAGUUAGCUGGCUUAUCUGUACUUACGAAGGCUAUGAAUCCAUGCAUUCCUUUAAUUUUCAUAAACACUUAUAUGCGUGUUUUUUAUCUGUAUUAACGAGAUUUUUGGCCCUAGGCUACUUCAUCUCGGGACUCACGCUUCACUUCCCUUCCGAAGGAAGAACUCACAUUUUGCGAGUUUGUUGGGAGUGGGAUUCGAUCCCAGGUCUUUGGCGUGAUAGUUAAGUGAUCUAAUCAUCACACCAGGUCCGCUCCUCAGUAUGCGUGUUUUGACUGGAUAUUUGAUCAAUGUUUUGGGCUUGAGAAAGGCCAGAACCCUUCGGCCGAAACGUCGGGAAAGUAAAAAACAAUUAUUCUCGACUUAAAAACUGAGAAAGCCAUUUGAUAUCACGUUUUUGUUGUAAGAGUAACUUUCGUCGGUUUCCUUUUUAGGGCAUUUGAAAUAUCACUUCAAGAGGUCCUCUAAUGACUCUAAUAAGCAUUACUCUAUUCUCCAGAGAAUAAAUGAACUUACGUAUUUUCGGCUGUUUUGUUCUCUUUGUCAUGGGGAGUAUUUUGGAAUCUAUUGAACUCGAAAUUUGACACAAAUCUUUCCCAAAUAAGCUGAGUGAUAUGACCGAGUUUCAGGCAACCCCUCAUGACGAACAGAACAAACCUGCCGAAAAUACCCUUUGUGAUUCUAUGAAAAAAAAAAAAAAACUAUGCAGAGAAGAGAACUCCGUCAAGGCAUACCUUUCAUGGAUAAAUUCACUCGGCUACGUAGUUUUUUCACCAAUAUUUUCGACUAGAUGUUUGCUGGUUGCUUAAUUUCUCCGGGAAUUAUUCCGUGGAUUAAGAUAUACUUUAAGAAGUGCAGCUAAGAUUCCAUAAAAAUGCUGGUAGGAAUUGCCACAAAAUCCUCAGAUCGUCCUGGAAUUCGCUAAACAGAAAUAACUUCAAUGGCAAAACCUUUCUUGCACAAUUGUUAGAAGAAUAACCCCAGAUGUUUCAUAAGAAUCUAUUGAUGGGAAUCCAUUCGGAAGUUCUUCAUGAUUUCUACCAGGAUAUUGCCCUGGGAAUUCAAAAUAAGUUGCCCCAAAGAUUUUAGUAAAUAUCUUAACCCUGAAUGUACACUACACCAUCGUGGUGCGAAAAACCUAACUUCUUAGGAAGGUUAAAGAUUCCAAAAAAUCAACAAAAACCAUGUUAAAACAUCAUUUCUUGGAAUGUUUUCGAGAAUAAUUGUCAAAUAAAAUGAACAUGAUUUCACAAAAGAAUUGGAAAUCAAUAUUUUUUUUUCCAAAAAAGUUUAAAAAAAAUGUGUGGGUUCUCUACAUCUGAUAAUUUUCUCAAGCUACAUUUCAGCAUGCUAUCUUGCAUGCUGAUCCGUACAUAUAAAUGAGUGAAUGAGCUGAAGUGAAAGAGAUGAUAACUACUCGAAAUAAGGCUCUACCCCAUUUGGCCUAAUGCCGUUUUCCAUAAUACAAAGAACAGUAUUCUUGAUAAGAAUGUGCGUAAUGAUUGUUACUCCAAAUGGCUAUUAAACCAAACGGCCGUUAUGCCAAAUCGUUAUUCAUGAGUUCAACUGUUUUCUGAAACUGUUUUGUGGUGGCUUCUUAGUCUCGACAAAAAUUAAACAGUCUCUUCUUCGUCCAACGUUUGGUUUGUUUGGGACCUUCAGGGGCUUAAUUGUUGCACCAUUGAACGGUGUUCGUUCUCGAAGUAGGUUCAAAAUUCUGUAUACUGAUAAUUUUGGAAAGGGGUUUCCCCCGAUAGGGUAUCAAAUUUGGCUGCGAUUCUGCAGGAAAACUCAAACGAAACGACAGUUACAUGUUCUACUGAACCACACUGGACAAGAACACUGUAACUAUUGAGUCUCUAAAGAAGGUCCCACACUGGCCGAAACGUUGGAUGAAAUAAAGUAAGAGUGUUUUAUUUUUGCCUAGACUAUGAAGCCAUCACGAAAAAGUUAUGCCAAAUGGCCUGUCAAAUGGCGCUUUUCUGAAUCCAAUUAUGCCAAAUGGGGUACAGACAAACAAUAAUUGAAAAGGUACUAUAGGUUUACAUAACGGCUAUCCAAAAUGUCUCUUACGUUUCUUUUACCCGGUCAUUCUUCUUUGAUAAAACUCAAAGUGAUUUAUUCCGUAAGACCAUGCUGAGAGUGUCUGGGUUCAAUAGCCGGUUGUUAAAAUUGACGGUGCAUUUCUUUAAAUCAAUUUUCGGCAAUUUCCUGCCUCUUGUAGCUUAAUUCAAGAAUUAAACAGGAAUCCCAGGAGUAAUCCCUGGAUUAAUGCUGGAGUAAUCUGGGAUUACUAAUCCCUCAAAGGAUCUUUACAAGAUAUAUUUACUGAUUGUUGAUGUUUUUUCGAUGAUUGAUGAUUGAUAUAUAUAUCAUCAGAUUUGUAUAAAUCGGUACACUUGCCACCAGUGUGGCUCUAUUACUCUGUGUAUCAAUCACCGAAAAACAUCAACAAUUUGUAUGGACGGUGACUAAAACCCUGGAUCCAGGAGAAAUCCCUGAAAGAAUCCAGAAAAGAUUCUCCAAGAGAAAUCUAGGAAGGAAUUCAGGGAGGAGUCGAAGAUUAGUUAUUAUUAUUAUUAUUAGUUUAUUAAAGACACUUUACCCCAGAAAGAAUCAUGGAGUAAUCUCUGAUGUAGCCCUGGGAAUAAUCCUGGCAAGAAUCCCGAAAGAAUCAAUGAAGGAGUCUUGAAGGAAUGGAUAACACAGCGCAACAUUUUUUUGUCUCAAGAGCAAACUUAUGUGUCUCCGAAGGAUUUUGGGCCGCUGAAUCCGAAUCCGGGCUCAGAUUUGCUCUAACACGUCACAAUUUUGAGCUAUACCUCAAUUUAUGGGGCAAAAUAUGCGAUUUUGGGCUUUUUUGACUGCAAGCCUUUAAGCAAGGCAAUAUUUUUUUUAAGUAAUCAAGAGGUUAAUUGGUCAAUUAACAUCUAAAUUAACGACUCAUGCAAAAUAUUUCGUAUUACCUAAUCAAAUUUGAUAGAUUUAAGCAUUUUAUGUUAGUAUGGAAACUUGCAUGCAACUUCUGGAGGGUGACUUGUAUGGGAAAUAUCGUACCUAACAUAAAUCGCUUAAAACUAUCAAAUUCGAUUUGGUAAAACGAAAUAUUUUGCAUGAGUCGUUAAUUUAGAUGUUAAUUGACCAAUUAACCUUUUGAUUGCUUAAAAAAAAUAUUUUCUUGCUUAAUGGCUUGCAGUCAAAAAAGCCCAAAAUCGCAUAUUUUGCUCUAUAAAUUGAGGUAUAGCUCAAAAUUGUGACGUGUUAGAGCAAAUCUGAGCCCGGAUUCGGAUUCAGCGGCCCAAAAUCCUUCGGAGACACAUAAGUUUGCUCUUGAGACAGACAAAAGGUUAUUUUUUGUUACGCUGUGUGAUGUAAUUUCUGAAAAAAAAUCCUGAAGCGCUUUUUGACAAAAUCCUAGGGAAAUCCGUAGAGGAAUUAAGAAGAAAUUCGUAAAGAAACCCCGAAAAGAAUCAAUGAAUGAAUCCGGAAAGAAACCCGGGGAGAAUCGCCGAAAAAAAAAUCGGGAAAAAUAUCGAAGUAUUUUGGGAGAAAUCCAUUGUUCGCAUUCACCUCGAUGUGCGAGUCGAGCUGCGUUAUGUCAAUUCACUCGUAAAAUUGCAAAUUUGACAGAAAAUUAAAAGAAAUCUUAAAAAUCGGUAGAAGUCCCCAAAGGAAUCACCUAAGAAUUCAAUUAAUUCCAGUAGAAAUCAGUAAAUGAAUACCUGGUAAAUGAUUCUCAGUUCCUACCUGCAAGAAUGACGAAAGCAGUCCCGAGAGAAAUCCCUUAGGUUAUCCAUGGGCAAUGGGAAUCAAUAUCGAACAGUUGGAAGGAAUCCCGGGAUAAAAAACUUGGAAGAAUCUUGGAAGGAAUCCCUCUAUGAAUUUUGAGACAAAUUUCUAAAAGAAACUCGGUAAAAUAAAUGACGAAAUCCCGGAGUCAAUGAUAAAUUUUAGGCAAUAACUUUUAAAGCAAUCUAGGGAGGAAUGAAUAUAGGAAUCCCGGGAUAAAUCAAAGAAAGAAUAGUAGGAGAAACUCCCAAUGAAUUUGCAGAGAAAAAAGUCUUGGAGAAUUCCAGAACAAAUACUUCCGGAAGAAAUCCUUGAAAGAGCUCUGAAGUAAAAGGCCCGAGUUAAAUUCCUGGAGGAAUUCUUAGAAACCUACUCCUCUGUUUUGCGUCAUCUCCAUAAUUUUAGAAACGAAGUCUUUAUCAUUGCAUGGAAUGGAUCCCAUUAAGAACACUGAGAAGAGGUUUUUUUCAGGAGAGAUAUUUUCGCAGAUGAAUCCCAGCGGGAGGCCUUGUAUGUUGGCCAGGGAUGGGAACACUCACUUCAUAACAACUCCAGUAGUUCGCAGAUGGCAAAUAAGGAAAUAAAAGUGUAACACCGAUAGCGCCGACCGUGCGUUCUACUUCGCAACAGAAAAUUAAUAAAUAUUUUUUUCUAUCAUUUGUGAGCAACUGUGGAAUGCAAAUCAUCGCCAGUCAACCAGUGAUCGUAUAAAAUGAUGCAUAAGAUGUUAAAGUGGAGGCGAUAUGCGUACAUUUUACAUGCGCCUAAAUGGAGGCAUGUACGCAUAUGGCCUCCACUUUAUCAUCUUUUGCAACAUCCUAUACGAUUACUGGUUGUCUGGGAGUCAACACACGAUCGCAUAUGAUGUUGAAUAGGAUGUAAAAGUGGAGGCGAUACACACACACGGUUACAUGGAAGCAUGUACGUAUAUGGCCUCCACUUUAGCAUCCUAUUCAACAUCAUAUAAGACUUUGUGUUAGCUCGGUCGCUGAAGUUUCCUGAGCCGCUAGAAAUAUGAAGCUAUAGAGGCUCGUGAUAAUUAUAAUAUGUUGCUACCAUAUACAAAAUUUGUUAUCAAUUCAAUUAGGAUUGAAGCGUGCUUUUCACAUGAUCUCUUCAAAUGGACAAGUUCGUUCUUAGCGGUGGAAGUUCUCAUAUUUACUCAAUUAUAAAGCAAGCAUUAUACUAAUGAAUGAAAACAACAUGCCUCACAUUGAAAGGCGUAUAACAACCUAACAAAUAGGGAAGUGGGACCUUCUCGGCAGGGGUCCUAUUUUGGGCACUUUUCUGGUAUAACUCAGUCAAUUUUGAACCAAUUGACACAAUUUUUGGAACGCGAUGAGAUACGCUCAGUAUCUAGUCGUGUACAAAAUUUCAAGUCAAUUGGUUUGUAAUUGACUGAGUUAUAGCGAAGAGUGCCCAAAAUAUUGGCCACUGCUCAAGUGGUUCGCUACCCUAUUCUUCUUUUAUAGAAAAAAAAAAUCGAAUAGGUGAAAUGUGAGAAUUUUUAACACUAUUCUUCUGUUAUUUAUCUAUUGUUUUAAAUAAAUGGAAUGGAUGCCCGGCCAUUUGGCCGAAUGCCGUUUGGCCGAAUGUCGUUUGGCCGAAUGUCGUUUGGCCGAAUGUCGUUUGGCCGAACGCCGUUGGCCGAUUUUUUAUCCAAAGGAUUUGGAGGCGUGGGUAAACUCUGAAUAACAUUCUAGCUGCCAAUAUGAUCAUCAGAAAUGUUUCCUUCCUUCAGUCAUAGGAUAUUCUUUCCAGUUUUACCAUCAAGGGAUUGGUUGGCGUUGAAACUGAGAAUAUUUUUGUCGGAGAUUUUUCCUUGUUUGAAUCCUAAGCUAUUCUUUCGAGUUAUACUGAUAUAGGAAACAGUGGCGCAUGAUCACUUAAAUUCAUCAUGAAUUUUUCGGCCAAACGACAUUCGGCCAAACGGCGUUCGGCCAAAUUACCCUUUCGGCCAAAUGGCGUUCGGCCAAAUGGCAUUCGGCCAAAUGACCGGAACCGAAUUUCUCCUCGCACAAUUGAAAAAAAAAACAAUCGAAUUAUUUUUUUUAAGCUUUCGGAAAUUGUGGUAAGGACUGAAUAUUCACAAAUUAUCCAAGUCAAUAUUAUCAUCGAAUUCAGGAAACAAUGUAUGAAUCCUUCACAAAUAGAAUUGCAUUAUUUUUGUUUCAACAAACAACAACAAAAAAUAAAUUCACAUAAAACACUUACAUUUUAUAUAGUACGCAAAUUAAAAUACGACACUAUAUAUUUUGAAGCAAUCAUUUCCAUUUUGUUUAAUUGAGUCCUCAUGAUGUCUCCGACAUUCUACCACAACUGCUAGAGGUAAUUCACCAUCGCUAUUCCCUUCAUUGAUCAAAACAACCCCUCCGAGGGCCUUUUAGUUUACCAUCAUUGAAUGUCAUACGUUUGGCACAUACGUUUCCAUAAGGCCUACAUCGGACAAAAGUAUGAAAAUCUUAACUCCCCAAGAGUAGCAAAACAACCAAUUAGAAUCACCUAGAAACAAACACCCCUCCGUAAAUUUCCCUGGCUCCGAUUCCCAAAACUUAAUGAUUUCACGAGCAAAAACUCCCGAAGCGUCUCUUCCUGGAACUGAUAAGACCCACAUUCAGCCUGGUUGCCUUUGUGGGACUCAUUUUGGGGCUCCAGUGAAUGUGGGCCUUAUUUGGCGACAGUGCAGGACUCGGCUCUCGGUUCUUUAAGAGAACAAAAAAGAAAUAGAACAGUGUUUCAGGAUUGAUUUCAAUUAGAAAACAUAGUCCUCGUAUUUGUAGACCCACACUCACACAUACACACUUGAGGAGCGAAAAACUAGAAAAAUGAUGAAGAAUCUUAACGAAAUCAAUAUUUAAAAGAAUUGAUCUAUUUAACUGUAAGAAAGAAUAUCUUAGAUUCAGAUUCAGUCAAAAGAAUCUAUUCGGUGUUUUCGGAAUACUUAAACUAGUAAAAGAAAAGCAAAUUGUGAAAAGGAGCAGGGUAAUUAUUAAAUUUUACGAAUAAAAGCAAAGUAACGCACGCUACGCUUGUAGUAGUGACAUCGCUGCGCAAAAAUUCCACCAAAGCAAGGCCAGGAACAAUUUGCUUCUGUAGAAUAGACAUUUUGGAGUCUCUUCUCACUAAAUAGUUGUGUAUUAAGACAGAUUCAAAACUUUUAAAACAAAAUCUAUAAUCAGUCGAACAAUGAUAACGCAAACAAACUUUUAGAGAAGGUACAGCGCUGAACUAUAGUGUCAAGAUGUGACAGAUUGAUGAAGGGAAAACAAACAAAAGCGUAGUCGAUGUGUACGACACACACACUCACACACUUUGAAACAAGAUUUGAAAAACCAAUACAGUAAACAAACAAAGUUGUGACAACAUUUUGCAACACCCAUAUACGUUAUAUUAUUAUCUCCAACGCUCUCUGAAUAGCAGGUUCAGUUUCCCCUUGGUUAUGUACAAGCAGACCCCGGAAGAAGAUUGUCAACAACCACUUAAAUUGUAAACAAACAAAGCAACAUUUUGUAUUCGUAGUAGGCUGUGCAGACCAGGUUGUGUGGCUGUAAAAAGUAAUUAGUAAAACAAAAACAGAAAUUAAAGCUACGUUAAAACACAAGCCCCUCGCAAAACUAGCAUUUUGCGCCAAUGUGUCAACAGACGACGCGCUGUUUGACAGUUGUUUUUUCGUUAGCAAAACGAAGCAGAACAAAAACAAAGUCGUCAACGCCAACUCGAUUGUUUCUUCGUUCUGUCAAUACGCGUAGUAGGAAUGAUUUCUCGUUUCGCGUGAUUAUUAUUAUUGAUUCAACUAUUGAAACGUUAUUAAAUUGAAAGUCGAAUAUCGUACACCCACACUCAUUACACUGUGCAACCCGGUUAGUUAAUAAAAUGAUACCUUACUUGUGUAUUUGAAAUAAAAAAACAGCAACAAUGAAACAAAACAGGUAGAAUAGAAUGGUUAUUACAAGAGAAUAUCGUAUGUUUAUUAUAAAACAUUGUAAGAAGUACACGCGCCGAAGAUGGACAUUAGAUGGUUUAAACUAGGAAGCAGAUCGAUGCAUAAGGUGAAGCCCGUUCACAAUUUGUAGUAGCUUCCGAAUUUUCAAUUACUCAAUACCAGGUACGAAACAAAUGGAAUAAGAUGGAAAACGGUCGUUAGUGAUAGGACGGAGGAAGAUAACCGAGAGAAAAAAUAGUCACUGGUACGUAGAAAGCUGUACGACAAACUAGACGUGUGUUAUACAAACCCAAAUGUUGUGUACUAGAGAGAAAGAAAGAGCGUAUGAAAAGCAAAUGGCAAAUAAUUAUUGAAACACAAAGCUGCAAAUAACGUACAGAAAAGCAAAGCAAAAACAAGACAAAAAAGAAAACAGAAAAUCAAUAAAGAAAGGUAAUGUUUUAUUUAUGAUGAAAUAAAGUAAAUUAUUAUAAAA